AAAGUAAAAAACCUUGUAACCCUAGCAACCGGCGCACGGCAAUUAGGGAAAGAGAGAGACGAUUGCAGAGAAGGAGAGAAAGAGAGACGAUUGGAGCUGAUUGCAGUCAUGGCAGGAUCGGCACCAGAAGGGUCACAAUUCGAUGGUCGUCAGUAUGAUACUAGAAUGAAUGAGUUGUUGGCGGCUGAUGGACAAGAUUUUUUUACAUCAUAUGAUGAGGUUUAUGAAAGUUUCGAUUCUAUGGGUUUGCAGGAGAAUCUUCUGAGAGGCAUCUAUGCAUAUGGGUUUGAGAAGCCCUCCGCAAUCCAGCAAAGGGGAAUUGUGCCCUUCUGUAAGGGUCUUGAUGUGAUUCAGCAAGCACAGUCUGGUACUGGCAAAACAGCGACUUUCUGCUCUGGAAUUUUGCAACAGCUUGAUUAUGGUCUAGUUGAGUGUCAGGCCUUGGUUCUUGCUCCUACUCGAGAACUUGCCCAACAAAUUGAAAAGGUUAUGCGCGCACUUGGAGAUUACUUAGGAGUGAAGGUGCAUGCCUGUGUUGGUGGUACCAGCGUGCGUGAGGAUCAGCGCAUUCUUUCAAGUGGGGUUCAUGUUGUCGUUGGCACUCCUGGUCGUGUUUUCGACAUGUUGCGAAGACAGUCCCUUCGCCCUGACUGCAUCAAGAUGUUUGUACUGGAUGAAGCGGAUGAAAUGCUUUCACGAGGUUUCAAGGAUCAGAUCUAUGACAUUUUCCAGCUCCUCCCUUCAAAAGUCCAGGUAGGGGUCUUUUCUGCUACAAUGCCACCCGAGGCUCUUGAGAUUACCCGCAAGUUCAUGAACAAGCCUGUGAGAAUUUUGGUGAAACGAGAUGAGCUGACCCUGGAGGGAAUUAAGCAGUUCUAUGUGAAUGUCGAAAAGGAGGAAUGGAAGCUGGAGACCCUAUGUGACCUCUACGAGACCCUGGCCAUCACUCAGAGUGUCAUCUUCGUUAACACCCGACGUAAGGUUGACUGGCUGACCGAUAAGAUGCGCAGCCGGGAUCACACAGUCUCUGCCACCCAUGGUGAUAUGGACCAGAACACAAGAGACAUAAUCAUGCGUGAAUUCCGGUCUGGAUCCUCCCGCGUGCUUAUUACCACUGAUCUCUUGGCUCGUGGUAUUGAUGUCCAGCAGGUCUCACUCGUCAUCAACUAUGAUCUGCCGACACAACCAGAGAACUAUCUCCAUCGUAUUGGGCGUAGCGGUCGUUUUGGAAGGAAAGGUGUUGCGAUCAACUUUGUGACGCGUGAUGAUGAACGGAUGCUGUUCGAUAUCCAAAAGUUCUACAAUGUGGUGGUCGAGGAGCUCCCAUCAAAUGUUGCCGACCUCCUCUGAUGACAUUUUUCCCUUGCUUGUCAAGGUCAGGUGCUCUUUUUUUUUUUUGGGGGGGGGGGGGGGGGGGGGGGGGGUUAUUUGGAAUUUAAUAUUAUUAAAUGUGGCCUUUUAGUUAGUGUGUUGUUCUGGAAUCUUCAAACAUAUCUGAUUAUGGAGUGAUGCCAGGUCUAAGUGCAUUUGCAUUGUUGGUUUCCAUAGGGUGCCCAACACAGGGGUGGCUCUAUGUAGAGAUCCCAUUUUGCAAAUAUCUUAGCAUCUAUAUGCGCCUUGUAUCAUAUAUUUUCUUGCUACCUAAAAAGGGCAGUUCGUAUCAGUUUUCAUGUUUUUCUUUCUUCUAUUGUCCAAUGAUAAGAGGUUCAUGUAGAAUGAAAACAUGAUAUGAUAUUGAGGAUUGGACUCGACAGCAUUGGGGCCAAUGCAGUUUUACUGUUCUCAUCAA